AUGGGUUUUAAAUUUGUUGUUUUUAUUUUUCUUCUUAUCGUAUCUAGAAAUGAGUGUAAAAAGUACAAGAUAACAGAUCAAGUCUACUUCGAUGUCCAAAUCGACAAUGAAUUCUUGGGGAAAAUUAUCAUCGGGUUGUUUGGUGAAGUCGCCCCCUUAACGUGCAGGAAUUUCAUAGAAUUAGCUACGAUUGGUGUUGAUGGUAAAACAUACGUUGGGACCAAAUUUCACACUUCCAUUCAGAGGAUUAUGAUACAAGGGGGUGAUAUCGAAAACGACGAUGGAACCGGUUCAAUGAGCAUUUACGGACGUUAUUUCGAUGAUGAAAAUUUCACUAUUAAACACGAAUCAGCUGGUUUGGUAGCAAUGGCAAAUAGUGGACCAAAUACGAAUGGUUGCCAAUUCAUAAUAACUACUAUGGCAUGUCCAUGGUUGGAUGAAAAGAACGUCAUAUUUGGAAAAGUGAUCAAGGGAGCUGAAGUUGUUCACAAAAUUGAGCAUUUGAAAACUGACGUAAACGAUAAAAUAUUGAGGAAGGUGUUCAUAUCAGGAGCAGGAGUUAUCAAGACAGAUCCUUUUUACGAAACGCCUAAGAAUUACGAGUUGUCUCUUUGGGCAUGGUUGAAGGCUGGCUGGUUUCCUCUAAGUUUCUCCUUUGCCAUACUGAUUUUUUUUCAGUUCAUAAUGGCUCAAUUGAAUAAAUAUGAAUUAGGUGGUGGAAAUUAG